AUGGAUGAGGGCAAAACAUUCUGGCCGGACCAGCUCUUACGGAAGAUCAUGUCAAGAGAAAGGGUAGAGGAAGAAUUAGAAAGCAUUCAGGCAGAGGAAUACCUUGGUGAAGACAUUGAAAACGGUGCCGAAAACGCCAUUGAGCCUGACGUGCAGUCCGAAGGUGUCGCACCUGGUCGUAAACGAUAUCUCAAGAUAUUUACAAUCUUGGUCCUUUGCGAACAGGAGGCUAGUAUCAGGGGUUUUAUCGAGGCAGGCGUAAGCGACGAUGCUCUACCAUUAGUGCAAUGCGACAAAGAUAACUCAAAUGGCCUAUUUAAGCUCGCACUUAGGAAGUCUCCACUGAAAGAGCUCCGUUGCUUCCCCAAAUGGAAACGUACCGAUGGGGGUUUCGGCCUUAUCUCUUGUAUGCGUAUCCAUCCGGCAUGUCAUGGAUUCCAUGAGCUAGCACAAGUCAGAGUUGGUAAUGGAAUGUUCGCAUUGAAGAUAAUGAAAAGCCAAGGCAUUGAAGAUUUUGAGAAGGAACUUAAGAUGCUGAGGAUGUUCAGCGACAAGCAUGACCAUCUCAUCAUGCUUCUGAUGUCUUACAGUUGGGGCAACCGUCACUUCCUCGUAUUUCCGUGGGCGGACUGUGAUCUCGGGAACUACUGGAAGCGGAAGAAACCAUGCUAUGAUAUGCAGACCAGAGCCUUAAAUCUAAGCACAAUGAAAUGGGUUUCGAGGCAGAUUCGGGGUCUCACCUCCGGUCUGCACAAUAUCCACAACCCGAAACAUCUGGACACGCGCGAAGACAAGAGAUAUGGAAGACACGGAGACUUGAAGCCUGAGAAUAUCUUUUGGCUCAAAUCGGAUAAGGAUGAGGAGGGAAUCUUGGUGAUAGGUGAUCUGGGGAUCUCGGCGAUUCAUCGCCUAGAAACUCGUUCCAAUCAGCCCGGCAAAAAAAUUCCCUAUUCGCCGGACUAUCGACCCCCAGAGUGCGACCAGGAGGGUGGCAUUAUAUCCAGAGCAUUCGACAUAUGGACUCUAGGGUGCCUCUUCUUGGAGAUGGUGUGCUGGGUUCUUGGAGGCAUAGAUUUGGUCGAACGGUUUGAGGCUGACCGGGCUAAGGUGCUCUACCUCGGCUCAAAGAUGAAUACCAACAUUUUCUUCGAUAUAAAAAAGACAGAACAUGAUCACCAUGUAAUUCUAGUGAAAGAGGUGGUUGUUGAGUGGAUGUCCACUCUGCACGCCCAUCCCGGCUGCACGGGGUAUAUUCACGACCUUCUCGACAUCAUUCACGAUAAAAUGAUAGUAGUGUUGUCGAAGAAGAUGGAGAGGAUCCGAUCCGGACCACUGCUUGCCAAGAUUGAAGAGCUGCAUAGAAAUGUGGCUGCAAAAGACUACGGUCAGAUACCACUCCCCAAAGAGCGAAAGUACGCUCCUCCAAUUGGAGUAAGAGCUGAAUUAAAUGAACAUGCAAGAGAUAGGGUCAAGAAUUUCUCCCCUAUAUUGGACACAUACAGAGGAGAGACGAUUAACUCAAAGUCAAAGCCAGAGAUGGAACAGGUUGAUUAG